UUGAAACUGUAUGCCGUUCAUGUUCACCGAACACGAUUGGAACACUUAAAGUGUUUUCAUAUCCCCUUUCUUUUUCCCAUCACCUGAGCAAAAGGAAGGUCAAAUCGUGCAAAAAGCAAAAGCCACAUUUGGAUCAAACUAGCCUGGUUGAGGCUUGAGGGGAAGCAGAAGCAGUCAUGAUCUCAUGAAGAACCUAUUAUUUCUACAGCAAAAAUUUUUUGCCUGAAAGGAAUCUUCGCUGUUCGCUUAUGUAUUUCACUAAUUUAAAGGUAAAAAUCGGAAACUUGACAUUUCUGUUUGUUACGCACAUUUCGAACGGCACAGGACCAAAGCUGUCUGCUACUCGAGCAUAUCUCUCUGGUUUUAAAAGUAAUCUAUCUCUUGAAAAAUUGUACCCUACUAGUCGGCUGGACAUAACCACUACUCCUAAGGCACCAGAAAGCAAAGAUGGAAAAUUUAGUGGUUACAUACCUAUGGACAAAAUUCAGGUAAAUUAUGUCCGCAGUGGUGGACCUGGUGGACAAAAUGUCAAUUGUGUCUCAACCAAAACUGAGAUACGUUUUCAUCUAGCCAGUGCUGAUUGGAUUCCAGAGCCUAUUCGUGUCAAGCUAGCAGAAAGAGUGAAGAAUCAAAUUUCCAAAGAAGGUUAUUUCAUUAUAAAAUCUGAAAGAACCAGAUCUCAGCAGUUGAAUUUGGCUGACACCCUUGACAAGCUCAGAAACUUGAUCCACUCUGUAGCACAAAGCCUUGUAGUCCCUGAAGUCUCUCAGGAAACACUGGAAAAGCAACGCAGGCUGCGUGAAAGGGCAGCUCGGGAGCGUCUAAGGGAGAAGCGGGCACAUUCGAUGACGAAGCAAGGACGCCAAUCACCGACUCUCGAUUCGUAAACAGUUUGGGUCAAACCACAUUUUGACAACAGUAAAUACACAAACAAAAAAAGACAA